ACAGUUAGUCAAAGUAGUUGAAGAAAAUUAAACCUACCAUUCCUUCUCAGUGUUUCUCUAACUGGGCUCUCUAGUUAGUCUCUCUCUCUCUCUCUCUCUGUUCUUCAACAGCGUAAUCAAAUCAAUUACGAAUGGCAAGGCCUGGAGACAAGAUUAUACAAGCCAAACUGGUGCUUGUGGGCGACAUGGGAACUGGGAAAACUAGUUUGGUGUUACGAUUCGUCAAAGGGAAGUUUUUUGACCUCCAGGUUCACGUUCAUGUCUUGUUUCUACUGAAUAAUCUUCUUCUUUUGUUAGUUAUUUGUUUACAGUGGCCAAGAGUGAUCGAGGAACACUUUGAUGCAGGAACCUACCAUAGGUGCAGCUUUCUUCACUCAAAUAUUAUCUUUAUCAGAAGCGACUGUGAAAUUUGAUAUAUGGGACACAGCAGGGCAGGAAAGGUAUCAUAGUCUGGCUCCCAUGUAUUAUCGUGGUGCAGCCUCGGCCAUUGUUGUCUAUGACAUCACAAGCAGGGAUACAUUUGUUCGUGCCAAAAAAUGGGUUCAAGAACUGAAAAGACAAGGAAAUCCAAAUUUGGUAAUGGCAUUGGUGGCAAACAAGUCUGAUUUGGAAUCUAAGAGGGAGGUGGAUAUACAGGAGGGGGAGCAACUCUCUCUAGAACACGGGAUGUUCUUUAUAGAAACUUCUGCCAAAACUGCCUUGAACAUUAAUGAGCUCUUCUAUGAAAUUGCAAAACGGUUGGUGAAGGCUAAUCCUCCUCGGCCUUCUGGAAUCAAUUUAUACGAUGGAACACAAAACAGGCAAAGCUUAUCUUGUUGCACAUGAUGGCAAAGCUUAUCUUGUAGCACAUGGCUUUCUGUUUAAACUUCUUAAGAGUGAACAAUUGUCUUAAACCACCUUGACUUCUAUAGUUCUAUGUGUAAAAUAUACAUUCUUGUCACAAAUGUUCUCUCUCUCUAGUGCUAUCUCAAGGCAUAACUGUACCAUGUGUCAAUCAGGAUUGAUAUUCAUUACAGGAGUAGUUCAAGUUGUAAAAUGGGUCAGGAAGGAAUUUAUCUUUAAUGAAUAUUCUAGUCCUAAAGUGGAUGAUUUGCUUUUGAUCGGACCGAGG